GGGCAGCCCGCGGGCGCAGCGCCCAGCAGCGCCGGGAGUCGCGCAGACGCCGGCCCGGGGCCAUAGAGGCCGCGGUCUCGCGGAGCCCCCGGAAAGUUCAGGACCGGAGAGCCUCGGCGGCGGGCGGCGGGACCCAUGGAGGCGCGCGGGGAGCUGGCCCCGGGCCGGGAAUCGGCGGGCGGCGACCUGCUGCUGGCGCUGCUGGCGCGGAGGGAAGACCUGCGCCGAGAGAUCCCGCUGUGUGCCGGCUGCGACCAGCACAUCCUGGACCGCUUCAUCCUCAAGGCUCUGGACCGCCACUGGCACAGCAAGUGCCUCAAGUGUAGCGACUGCCACGCGCCGCUGGCCGAGCGCUGCUUCAGCCGUGGGGAGAGCGUGUACUGCAAAGACGACUUCUUCAAGCGUUUCGGAACCAAGUGCGCUGCGUGCCAGCUGGGCAUCCCACCCACGCAGGUGGUGCGCCGCGCCCAGGACUUCGUGUACCACCUGCACUGCUUCGCCUGCGUCGUGUGCAAGCGGCAGCUGGCCACGGGCGACGAGUUCUAUCUCAUGGAGGACAGCCGGCUCGUGUGCAAGGCAGACUACGAGACGGCCAAACAGCGAGAGGCCGAGGCCACGGCCAAGAGGCCGCGCACGACUAUCACAGCCAAGCAGCUGGAGACGCUGAAGAGCGCCUACAACACGUCGCCGAAGCCCGCGCGCCACGUGCGGGAGCAGCUCUCCUCCGAGACCGGCCUGGACAUGCGCGUCGUGCAGGUGUGGUUCCAGAAUCGCCGGGCCAAGGAAAAGAGGCUCAAGAAGGACGCGGGCCGGCAGCGUUGGGGCCAGUAUUUCCGAAACAUGAAGCGCGCCCGAGGCGGCUCUAAGUCGGACAAGGACAGCGUCCAGGAGGAGGGGCAGGACAGCGACGCGGAGGUCUCCUUCACCGACGAGCCAGCCAUGGCCGACAUGGGUCCCGCCAAUGGCCUCUACGGCAGCCUGGGAGAGCCUGCCCCGGCCUUGGGCCGGCCCUCGGGGGCCCCGGGCAGCUUCCCGCUGGAGCACGGAGGCCUGGCCGGCCCGGAGCAGUACAGAGAGCUGCGCCCCGGCAGCCCCUACGGCGUCCCCCCCUCGCCUGCCGCCCUGCAGAGCCUGUCUGGCCCGCAGCCCCUCCUCUCCAGUUUGGUGUACCCCGAUGCCGGCUUAGGGCUCGUGACCACGGGAGCCCCAGGUGGGCCCCCACCCAUGAGAGUGCUGGCAGGCAACGGACCCAGCUCUGACCUUUCCACCGGGAGCAGCGGGGGCUACCCUGACUUCCCUGCCAGCCCCGCCUCCUGGCUGGACGAGGUGGACCACGCUCAGUUCUGACUUGAGUCCCCGCGCCCUCAGGCCCCGGACGUGAGGAGUCUGGGCAGCAGCUCUCCUGCCUGAAGCACGGACUUCUGCAGGACGCAGUGCCGUGGGGAACAGGAUGCAGACUCGGGAGGGCUUGCUUCUGGGAAUGCUCCCUCUCACCCAGGCAGAGGGACUCUCCCGGUUCGGGUCUGAGAGGCUGCCGCGGGAACUGGGGCCACUUGCAAGCCUUGUUUUGUAAGCAGAUUUUCCCUUUAUCAACCAAUUAACGGAGUGCUUGCAGCCAUUUCCAGACAGGAAAUGUCACCCCAGGGAGGCCAGGCCUUCGCUCCCCUCAGGGGCCUCGGCCCAGACCAGCACAGCCCUCAGGCUGGAAGAUGUUUUAAUUUCUAAAAUUAAAAACAAUACUAAUUGUGCUUUCGUUUCCCAGGUUCCAUAUAUCUUGAGUUCUCUAGCCCCCUGCUCCCCCCGCCCCCGCCCCGAACCCCCUCUUUAGGUCAGAGAUCAGGCUGUCCGUCCAGCAGGAGGUGGCUGUGGGAAGGCCACGCCUGCGAACUUCCUCAUCGCCCCUGCCACCAAUUCCUGUCUUCCCCUCCCCACCCCUCCCCUGGGGCCAUCGGCUCUAGAUCUUUCUGGACCCCACUACCCUGGGGGAGAGAGGCGGACUCUCGAAAGCUUUAAGGAGCUUCCUCCCGUCCAGACUAGGUUUUCGUCCCUGCCCACACCCGCCGCCCCCGUCACAGCUGCCCUGAGAGCUCAGGCCAAGCCCAGCCCGCCGAUUUCCAUUGCCAAAGAGCCCCCAGCUCCCGUUCUCCCCGUGGGCUCCGACUGCCCAAGGAUUGGACGCCCCACAGGCAAAGGAAGGCUGGGGCGGGGGCUCCUCUGAGCUGCCUCCCCGCCAGAUGCUUCUGCCACUGGCCACCACAGACACCGAGGCUGGAUUCAAGUGAUUCCUUGAGCCUGCAUCCCCAGCUACCUGUUGUUUCUGUGACGUUCCCCUGUCUUUUAUUUAUUCUCUGACCAUUGGCUCUCUCCCAGACUUCAAUAAAUUCGUCAGUUACAGUCA